CCAUUUUGUAGGGUUUUCUUCGCAGCGGCUGGUUUGGAAAGGCGGCGGUUUGGCUUCGUUUUUCGACCAAAGAGCUUUUUGCUUUUGCAGAGAUGCGGCAUUCCAAAAGAACUCACUGCCCUCAUUGGGAUGAUAGAGAAAGCUGGGGACAUGAAAGCUACAGGGGAAGCCACAAACGGAAGAGGAGGUCCCACAGCAGUACACAAGAGAAUAGACAUUGUAAACCACGUCACCAGUUUAAAGAAUCUGAUUGUCAUUAUUUAGAAGCAAGGUCUUUGAAUGAGAGAGAUUAUCGGGACAGGAGAUACGUUGAUGAAUACAGAAAUGACUACUGCGAAAGAUACAUUCCUAGGCAUUAUCACAGAGAUGUGGAAAACAGUUACCGAAUCCACUGCAGUAAAUCUUCGGUCCAAAGCCUGAGAAGCAGUCCCAAAAGGAAGCAUAACAGACACUGCUCAAGCCAUCAGUCACAUUCGAAGAGCCACCGAAGGAAAAGAUCCAGGAGUAUAGAGGAUGAUGAGGAGGGUCACCUGAUCUGUCAAAGUGGAGACGUUCUAAGAGCAAGAUAUGAAAUCGUGGACACUUUGGGUGAAGGGGCCUUUGGCAAAGUUGUAGAAUGCAUUGAUCAUGGCAUGGAUGGCAUACACGUAGCAGUGAAAAUUGUAAAAAAUGUGGGUCGAUACCGUGAAGCAGCUCGUUCAGAAAUCCAAGUAUUAGAGCAUUUAAAUUCUACUGACCCCAAUAGUGUCUUCCGAUGUGUCCAGAUGCUAGAAUGGUUUGAUCACCAUGGCCAUGUUUGUAUUGUAUUUGAAUUGCUGGGACUUAGUACCUAUGAUUUCAUUAAAGAAAACAGCUUUCUGCCAUUUCAAAUUGACCACAUCAGGCAGAUGGCAUUUCAGAUCUGCCAGUCAAUAAAUUUUUUGCAUCAUAAUAAGCUAACCCAUACAGAUCUGAAGCCUGAAAAUAUUUUAUUUGUGAAGUCUGACUAUAUAGUCAAAUACAACUCUAAAAUGAAACGUGAUGAACGCACAUUGAAAAGCACGGAUAUCAAAGUGGUUGACUUUGGAAGUGCCACAUACGAUGACGAGCAUCAUAGUACCUUGGUGUCCACACGGCAUUACAGAGCUCCAGAGGUCAUUUUGGCUCUAGGUUGGUCUCAGCCUUGUGAUGUUUGGAGCAUAGGGUGCAUUCUUAUUGAGUAUUACCUUGGUUUCACAGUCUUUCAGACUCAUGAUAGUAAAGAGCACCUGGCAAUGAUGGAACGAAUAUUAGGACCCAUACCAACACACAUGAUUCAGAAAACCAGAAAACGCAAGUAUUUUCACCACAACCAGCUAGAUUGGGAUGAACAUAGUUCUGCUGGGAGAUAUGUUAGGAGACGCUGCAAACCAUUAAAGGAAUUUAUGCUUUCUCAUGAUGAAGAACACGAGAAACUGUUUGACCUGGUUCGAAGAAUGUUGGAAUAUGACCCAGUGAAAAGAAUUACCUUAGAUGAAGCAUUGCAACAUCCUUUCUUUGACUUAUUAAAAAAGAAAUGAAAUAGAAAUCAGUGGUCCUACUGUAUACUUCUCUAGAAGAGAUUGCUUAAGACUGUGUCAGUCAACUCUAAACAUUCUAAUAUUUUUGUAAACAUUAAAUUAUUUUGUACAGUUAAGUGUAAAUACUGUAUGUUUUAUAUCAAUAGCAUAAUUAUCUUGUUAAGCAAGUAUGGUCUUGAUAAUGAAUGAAAUAUUAUAAAAGUUAACUUUCCUUUUUGAGAUUAACAUUUUUAAAGACCUUUGGAAUAUCCUUUGUGUCCAGUGAUACCUGUGACUGAGCUUGUCUUUUGUACACGGAGGUUGACUCUUUGAAGUGAUUCUUUUGAGUAAAAGGAAAUCUUGACUA